CUCAGGUUUUUUGUUCCACCGUGUUGCUAAAGUUUCUGAAGUAGACUUCACAGCUCUCCUAGAGCAGUUUUUUUUGUUCAUGGAUAGCUGUUGAUCUUUGCGGGGGGACCGAGGCUGGGAAUCUCAAUGGGUCACCCGUUUUGGUGAUGUGAAAAAUAAUUAUUCAGUUCCUUUAUAUCUGAUGGAACAAGAUAUUCCAGAUUCCUCUUGUUCUUAACUACUGGUUUUUCUUUUUUGAUCUAAAGCCCCGGGAGAGAGGUAUUACUGAUGUGUGGUCUAUGCUUUGCUGUGUCGAAGCUUUUUAGUUUGCUGCAGCCCCACUUGUUUAUUUUUGCUUUUGUUGCCUUUGCUUGUGUGUCAAAUAACAUUAUUGUGUUAUAUACUUGGCAGUUGUUAAGAGUGUAGACCAGUCACGUGAAGGGAUGGAUGUGUUAACUAACCCUAUGGUAGUAUUCAUUUUCCAAUAUAUAUAUGUAUCAAAUCAUUACCGUAUACAUCUUAAACUUACAUUUUUUAUAUUUCAAUAGUAUCUCCACAAAGCUGGAAAAAAUGACAGAUACUGUAUGAUCUCAUUUAUAUGUGGAAUCUAAAGAAACUGAACUCAUAGAGUGAAUCAUUGUUGCCAGGGACCGGGAGCCAAGGGAAAUAGCGAGAUGUUGGUCACAGGGUGCACACUGCCAGCUCUAAGAUUAACAAGUUCUGGAGAUCUACUGUAUAGCAUUGUUCCAGAAUGAGAAAAUACUAAGAGAAGAGCCAAGCACAGUUACAGUCAACCUUAUGCAGACCAUAAGCCUACCCGCGAUACGUUUUAAGGAAGAGAUGUAAAGGAUUUUUUGAAGAGCAGAUUUCUUCUCGAUAUGACUUCAGAGACCACUUAUGCUGAAUUGAGUUUCAAAAAUGAAUCGAAGUCCUCAGGCACCAAAGAAAGGCCUCCUGCAGCUCCCAAAGAGAAGACCAGCCUGAACAAAAGUAAUCCCAGUUUUCCCAAGCUACUUUUUGCCUCAUUGCUGGUGCUUCUGCUGCUAUUGGCAAUCUCAUUUUUUAUCGCUUUUAUCAUUUUCUUCCAAAAAUAUUCUCAGCUUCUUAAAGAAAAAAAGACUGCAAAAGAGCUCCCUCACACGGAAUUGGAAUGCCUGAAAGAGAAUGUGACCAUGGAAGGGAAAGAUUGGAGCUGCUGCCCAAAGGAUUGGAAGCCAUUCAGUUCCAACUGCUACUUUACUUCUAAUACAAUGAGAAAUUGGAUGGAGAGUGAGAAGAACUGCUCAGCAAUGAAGGCUCACCUGCUGGUGGUCAACACCAAGGACGAGCAGGAUUUUAUCAUCCGGAACAUGGAUACGUCUCCUGCUUAUUAUAUAGGGCUGUCAGACCCAAAGGGAAAAAGAGAUUGGCAAUGGGUUGAUCAGACACCCUACAAUGAAAGUGUCACAUUUUGGCACUCAAGGGAACCCAGUAAUCUUAAUGAGCGUUGUGUUAUAUUACAUUUUCGUCAUCGACCGAGAGAAUGGGGCUGGAAUGAUGUUCCUUGUAAUGAACAUCACAAGUCACUUUGCAAGAUGACGAAGAUCUACUUAUGAAUGGGACAUUCUGCAUGAACAUGUGGUUGAAUUGGAACCCACCGUUACAGAGAUAGCUAAUUUGCUCUUUUUAUUCAUGUGUGAAUCUUGUGGAAGGAAGCUCCAUAGAAGUUUUCCAUAGGCUGUCACCUUUUCCAUUUAUGAGAGAAUCAGUAUACGCAUUCAUUCAUUUCUUCCUUCUCCAUGUGCAGAGAUCAUAUUUCUGCAGACAGAUGGAGGAAGCAUGAGCCUCCUUUCCUAAUUUUGAGGAGUUAGGCAUUGACGUAAUUAUAUAUGAUAUUGGUAUAAUUAUAUGAUGGGGUUCCUCUCUCUCUCUGGAUUUUUUUUUUUCCACGAGAGUGAUCAAAAGCAGAGUAAGCCCAACUAUUACUUUCCAUUUCUCUCAGACAUUUAUCAGCUUUAACUGAAGCAUGUUAUGUGCCAGUUGGAAUAUGAUACACAUCAAUGGAACUUAGUUUCUGGCUUUGGCCCAGUAGACCAUUUGGGAUUCUUAGCAUUCUCUGCUCAUUCUUGGACUGUCGCUUAACAUCAGGGUGCACUCAGAGGGAAAUCCAAAACUGAACAUUAGAGAUUUAGAAGUUAUUAUUAGUGAGUUGACAUAGAUGUAUAAUCAUUAGGUAGUCUGAUAGUUUGUUGUUUUUUUUUUCCUUAAGUUUUAUAGUUUCUGUGUGUAGAUUGCCACUCAAAAUGGCUCCCGGUUUAUUUGUAUUCCCCUUUGCACUGAAUUCUUACAGAUCAUUUUAUUUCAACUACAACAUAAAAUAGAUUCAUAAUGAAGCCUGUUAUUCAUUGCUUUCAUAUGCUAAUUAUAAUUGAUCACAGUAAAGCUGAUUCUAGCCAUGGCUAUCCAAGUAUGACUUCUUGAGAUUAUACCCCGAUUAUCUUGAUACAACUGAGUAAUUACAUUUGCCACUCAUUUCCUGACUGUAUCUAAAAAGGAGUUGUUUUUAUACAGGUCUGAUCUUAUCCAUAGUAUGUAGAACUUACCAGUUUACUCCUCGGAGAGCAACUUACAAUCAUGGAAGAAUUCCAGGGAAGCUUUAUUGACAGAGUUUUCCUCACUAUUAUUUCAAUAAUAAGGGGUUGGAAUGAAGAGCAAAAAGAACCACUUUACGAAAUGCUUUUGAUUUUCAGAAUAGAGGGUGUGCUUGAACUGGAGUGCAAGGAGAGUGGUGACAUUAGUCAUUGCUGGAACUUUCUCUGAUCUCCACCUUAUAUCUUAUGAAUGUGGUUCAGAUCCUUUUUUCUUUAAUCUUCCAUAAAGCACCACUAAAUUAAGAUUGUGGGUAACAGAGUUUAUGUAAGAUUUGUGUUUAAAGAGUGAUAUUAAAGUGAAGAGGCAUCCAGCUGACUUCAAAUCAGUGGACAGAAUUUUGAAAAAUAAAGUUGCUUUAAGCCACUAAA